AUGGCUGUAGGAGAGAAAUCGAAUCCACUCCCGGUGGAUGCUCCAACCGAUACCACCCCUGUCCAACUCAUUGUGAAGGUGGAGGACCGCCUCAGCAACGGCAGUGAUGGAAGUUCAGUGGUCGAUGAUCAGGAAUGUCCACAGCUUGUGGACAGUGGGGAUUCCUAUUUUCAGAACAAUUAUUACAUGGGUUGUGUGGCCACAGGGGUGGAGGCCGAAGGGCAGCAGCAGGAAGAGGAGGUUGAACAAUUGGGCUGGUAUAUUUGCCUCAGAUCAAAACCAGCCAAACAUAAUAACGGGAUUACCCCAACAAUAGUAAGGGAUCCCAUCUCUGCUUCACUUGCUCUUGCACAGCAGCAGCCUCCUCUUUUAUUGAUUCUCUGGUCAAUAUACAUAAAAUUUAGCCUAUAG